GCCGAUUCACUGAGCCCUGCCUUCCAUUCUUCGUGAAUCCCGAGGCGCAGGCCGAGACCAAGGCCACCAUAGCCCCGCGGCAGGGCUGUGUGUACGCGCGCGCUCGCGGACACGAGCCGUGCGCGUCAGUGACCAUAAUUUCUCAACUCUUGGAAGAAACCAAGUUAGAGUGCGAGGGAGGAAGAAAGGCACACAGAGAGAGAGAGAGAGAGAGAGAGAGAGAGAGAGAGAGAGAGAGAGAGAUGGCGGCUUCGGUAUCACCCUGUUCCCAGUGCAUACACGUGUCUGGCACGACUUGCGACCGCGUCAGCAGAGGGGCUAGGGUUCUAACGACCGUCUCCUCGCAGUCGAAAGAGGCAUCUUUCGUUCCAUCGCCCGGCCUGUCAUCGAUUUGCUCGCCAAAACUCGCGGGGUUUUCCUCCUCCUCCUUCUCCCCCCCCUCUGUUUCCCGCCAAAUCCUUUCUCGAGCUUUUGCAUCGUUGUCCACGUCGGAAUUCUGUCGUCGUCAUCUCCAUCAAUUCCCCGGUUGCAUCAAAGGAGCUUUCCCGCCACGGACGCCCAUCGAUAUUGACUCUCCGCGAUCUGACGGUCUUACGACUGCCAGCUGGAGCCGCUCGACUCCAGUGCAGUGCAGCGCCAUCGAGAGGUACGGUCAGGUGCAUGAUCUGUAUCGAGAUGUGCAGAUCGUCCUGGAGCCCUCUGAAUAAAAUAAAAGAAGGGAAAUUGCAUCUGUACCCCAUUUAAAGAUGGGAAUUCCCGCUAUACCCAGUC